ACAUUUUCAAUAGCCACAGCCCUAUAUUUCAUGUACAAUUUAAUAUUUAGCAUGUAGGAGUUAAAAUGUGUUUUGUUUGUGUCCUGUAGACAUCCAUCAGCUGAUUGGACACCAAGAAGAAUGUCUCCCUCAUCUGCAGGGGGACAGUUUCACUUUAGAGUAUCCACAGCCCUCACAUUUUAAAGGGGACAAGGAGGUUCCACAGCCCUCUUAUUUUAAAGAAGAAGAGGGGGGAGAGUGUCUUCUAGGGCAGGAGGAGGCUGAUGUCAGCAAGUUUCCACUGACUGUUGUCUCUGUGAAGACUGAAGAGCAUGAAGACAAACCAACUGAGUCCUCACAGCUUCAUCACAGUCCAAACAUCUGUGAAGAACAUCUUCACCCUGAGCAACAGAAGUGGAGCUUCAGGAUGCGGACAGAGGAGCCACAGCACUCCCACAUUAAGAAGGAAGAGGAAUACCCACUGAUACUCCAUUUUAAAAAGGAAGAGGAGGACCCACUGACACCCCAUUUUAAAAAGGAAGUGGUGGAUCCACUGAGCCCUCACUUUAAGGAGCAAGAGAACCCACUGAACCCUUACAUUAAAGAGGAAGAGAUGGACCCACUGACCCCCUGCUUUAAAGAGGAAGAAGAGGACCAAGAGGCGCCGCACAUUAAAGAGGAAGAGGAGGAAGAGGGCAUCAGUCAGCCUAAAUGGUUGGAGGAGUUCCCAGUGACUGGUGUCCCUGUGAAGAGUGAAGAUGAUGAGGUGAAAGGUGAAAGUGAGGAGAGGGGAGGGGGGGAGCCUCCAAGCAGCAGCUCAACACAACACAUGACAACAGAAGCUGAUGGAGACCACUGUGGAGGAUCACAAGCAGACAAGCUCUUAGCUCCACUAUCAGAUAGUGAGGACACAACGUCACACUCUCCUGACACUGAUGAUGAAGACUCUAAAGAUGAUAAGACAUGUCACACUGACAACACACACUUCACAUGUUCUCACUGUCACAAAACUUUUAAAGACCGUCGCAAUAUGAAAAGACACAUGAGAACACACACUGGAGAAAAACCUUUUUCUUGCUCAGAAUGUAGUAAAGGUUUUACACGAAGUCAACAUUUGAAAGUACACAUGAGAACACACACUAGUGAAAAACCUUUUUCUUGUUCAAUCUGUGGUAAAAAUUUUACUCGAAGGCAACAUUUGAAAACUCACAUGACAAUACACACUGGAGAAAACACUUUUUCCUGCUCAGAAUGUGGUAACAGUUUUGUAAGAAAUCAAAGUUUAAAAGAACACAUGAGAAUACACACUGGAGUAAAAAAAAAUUCUGUUUAGAAUGUGGUAAAAGUUUUGUAAGAAAUCACAAUGUAAAAGUACACAUGAGAACACACACUGGAGAAAAAGCGUUUUCAUGUUCAAUCUGUGGUAAAGGUUUUACUCGAAGGGACGAUUUAAAAAAUCACAUGAGAAUACACAAUGGAGAAAACCCUUUUACCUGCUCAGAAUGUGGUAAAAGUUUUGUAAUAAAUAAAAAUUUAAAAAUACACAUGAGAACACACACUGGAGAAAAGCCUUUUUCAUGUUCAAUCUGUAGUAAAGGUUUUGCACAAAGUAACCAUUUGAAAGUGCACAUGAGAACACACACUGGUGAAAAACCUUAUGUAUGUUCAAUAUGUGGUAAAGGUUUUACACAAAGACGUAAUAUGGAAGUACACAUGAGAACACACACUGGAGAAAAACCUUUUUCAUGUUCAAUCUGCGGUAAAGAUUUUACUCGAAGGGAACAUUUAAAAAAACACAUGAGAAUACACACUGGAGCAAAAACUUUUUCCUGCUAAGAAUGUGGUAAACGUGUUGUAAUAAAUUUUAGUUUAAAAAUCCACACGAGAAGACACCCAGGAGAGAAAGUGUUGAGUUGCAGUGUGUGUGGUGAAAGAUUGUCUUCUAAGUACCAGUGUAAGAAACACAAGUGUGCUGGUGAGAACAGCAGCAGCAAAUGAAACUGCAGGAUUUGAAAUAAACUGUCCAGACUUUCA